AUGGAGGAUGACGAAGAGACAGAUAGGCGUCUGGUGAUGGAGCAGCGGCUGGUGGCUACGUGCUGGUUGUGUCUCCUGCUCUUUGCCUUGCUGUGUGAGCCUGUCCUGUCCAAGGGCGGCCGCGGGGGGGGCAGGGGUUCAUCUCGGGGCUCGUCUCGUAGCAGUGGCCGUUUCCGAAUCAGAACCCAUUCAACAAAGGCCUGGUUCAAGACCAUGCCUGGGCGCUCAUCCCCAGUGCGGGUUGCUAGCGCGGCGGCUGCUGGUGCAGCAGUUGCAUUAACAGCUGAUAGGUUGUACCGCUCAGCCUACCGGUGCAGUCAUGUCAACUCGGAUUAUGAUGGGGAGGAUUACAACAGGACCGUUUGCUACAUGACCAGAGUGUCAGGAUCCAAUCAGAACCAACCGUCACUCUCAUACAUCUCUGUCAUCAUCGUCGCUUCUGUAUUCCCCAGAUAUGUUCACGUAUUAGAGAAUAUACUUUAG